UCUGGGAACGUGAGAGGGGGGCUGAGGGGGGGGGGGGGCGGCUGUCAGUUGUUGGGGGCACUAGCGCUGUGUUUGCAGGACUGCUUAGAAAGAAGCCGCAUCCACGCCUAGAGACAACAUGUCUCACGCGUGGGGAUAUGCCGCUAAUAACGGUCCGGACAAGUGGUCAGCCAGUUUCCCCAUCGCCGACGGUCCGCGGCAGUCGCCCAUCGACAUCAAUCCCGGCCUGGCGUCGUACGACGGCGCGCUCAAGCCGCUCAGCCUCAACUACGACCCGGGCACCUGCUUGGACAUCCUCAACAACGGACACUCCUUCCAGGUGACCUUCAGCGAUGACACGGACAGCUCCGUUCUGACCGGCGGGCCCAUCUCGGGGGUGUACCGGCUCAAGCAGUUUCACUUCCACUGGGGGGCUUCUGACGACAAGGGCUCGGAGCACACGGUGUUCGGGAACAAGUACCCUGCGGAGCUUCACCUGGUGCACUGGAACACUAAAUAUGGCAACUUUGGCGAAGCUGGAAGCAAACCCGACGGACUGGCCGUGAUGGGAGUUUUCCUGCAGAUCGGUGAUGAAAACGCCAGUCUCCAGAAGGUUCUGGACGCCUUUGGUGCCAUCAAGACCAAAGGCAAGCAGACCACGUUCAAGGGCUUUGAUCCAAGCAGCUUGCUGCCCUCCUGCCUGGACUACUGGACGUAUGAAGGGUCCCUGACCACGCCCCCUCUGCUGGAGAGCGUCACCUGGAUCGUCUGCAAGGAUGCCAUUAGCGUCAGCUCGGCUCAGAUGGACAAAUUCCGCAGCCUGCUGUUCUCGGCCGAGGGCGAGCCCGAGUGUUGCAUGGUGGACAACUACCGCCCGCCGCAGCCGCUCAAGGGCCGCCAAGUGCGCACUUUCUUCCAGUGAACGCCCAACGCAAACUGUCACAAGUAAAGCAAUCGGACGUCAGGAAAUUUCCACCAAUAAUAUUUACUGCUAGCUCUCCUUGAGUCACAUGAUCAACGGGGCUUAGCUUGAUAGGCCGAGUAAAGUUGGAUGUUGAUGCUAAAAAAAAAAUUGUUUCAAAUCCAAACUCUGAUGGCGCACAUCUACUGCCAUAGUGCCCCCCCCCCCCCGUUUUGACCUCCACUCUAGCCACUUUCUCCUACCUCCUUUUAGCUCACGUGUCUCCCCUCCGUCCAAUAUUCCUUCAUGGAAUUGUGUUUGUGUCCUGUGGAGCACUUACCGUUUUUUUCCAUGUAUAAUGCGCCCCCAUGUAUAAUACGCACCCUAAAAAUGGCAUGUUGAUGCUGGAAAAAAGCCUGUACCCAUGUAUAAUACGCACCCAAAUUUUGACUCCUACUUAAGUCCGUGAACGUAAAAUUAUUUCAGAAAAAAGAUCAUCUUUAGGAACAACCGGAUGUUAUUCUCCCGGUCAGUAUCACUGCGCAUGCGCUAGCAUACUCAAUAGUGAAGAAAUGUUUCGUAUUUGUGUAGGGUACAUUGUGACAGCAAACGAGCAGGUGAUCGAGCAAGCGUCUGAUACGAGAGCAUUGUGUUCGUAUGGAGCGUGUUUGAAGUGAACAGCAGAAAAGAAAGCGCAUCUGUAAUGGCGGCCUCCGUAUGAUAUCCGGAUUUAAAAAAAAUAAAUAUAUUUUUUGUACCCAUGUAUAAUGCACACCCCAGAUUUUAGGACGAUAAAUUAGUUACAUUUUGCGCAUUAUACAUGGAAAAAAACGGUAUCAGACGUCUCUUUACCGAACCUACAAAUGUUCUGUGUCCUCCUGUGUUGGAAACAAAUUGAAAUGAAUUGUUGUGUUGAAAACAAAAGCGUGCAAUUGAGAUAAUUUAAAAAAAAAAGUUGCAAGGAAGAAGACGAGAAGGGGCCAAGAGAUAAGAUGUUCAGGCACUUUAUUUGAUCUCUGUAUUUCUGAACUGAUGUUCCAAAGAGAGAUUGUAAUUCAAUUUUUUUCAUGACAAAUCAGAUGCCUUAUUUUUUAUAUUUUGAUUGACGCCAGUGGUUGUUAAGCCCUGUUCAGAAAUUGUCUGUCUUAUUGUUAUUCUACAGUUACAUAAAAGUUGUGAAAAGA